UUAGAACAAAUAUAUAUUGACAAAUUUCCGAUAAAUACAAUGAACUUCAUAGUAAAAAAUAUGGUUUCUCCCAGUGCCAUAGACUACAAUGAGAAAAUCCCCCAGUUCACGCGUGUCCAUGCAUAUUAAAUUGCGACACAGACAAAGAAAGUCACCCACUGGGAAUCCCUCUGCGAAAAGUUUACCCUGACAGAUCCCUAUAUAUACCCAUCGAAAACAAGAUCGAGCACAAAAGUAUCUCAACUGCUAAUCCAACAUGAAGGUGAUCGUCUUCUGCGCUCUGGCUCUUGUCCUGGUUUCUGUGGUUCAGGCUCAUGUUAAAAGCUUAGAUGUCCAUACCCUGGAAAAGGAUCUUCCGGGAAAUGCUGAUGUACAGGAGCACAGCCGCCAAAAAAGAGCCACCUGUGAUCUGCUCUCCAAGUGGAACUGGAACCACACCGCCUGCGCCGCCCACUGUAUUGCAAGGAAAUUUAAGGGUGGAUACUGCAACGACAAGGCUGUCUGCGUUUGUCGCCACUGAUCGCCACUGACUUCGAUAGGGAUUUGAUAUUAUGGAUCAUCUAACUUAUUGAAAAUAUUGUAUAUAUAAAUAUAAAAUAUAAAUGUAUUGCAUUUUACCAUGUCAUACAAACGUA